UUUAGUGAGAACGUCAUACAUCAGCGCCGCGUCCACAAUCUAUGACGCACUGCUCUUGACGUUCAAUGACAGUUAGCUAACAUUAUUUUAUGAUUAGUGUAGAUUAAAUACAGUGGUUCCGACCAUGCAGAGAGCUGCAUAUACAACGGAUUCACUUGUUAAAAGAUGGCUGCGUCACCGUUUGAAAUGCAGAGCACCUCUUCAGGUCAGCAUGCGUCCCUACAGUGUGUUUCCUCCUGUAGACAGCGAGGAGAAGAAGAUGUUGGACAGAAUGAUGCGUGUGGACCACGCAGGUGAAUAUGGAGCCAAUCGCAUUUAUGCAGGACAGAUGGCAGUGUUGGGUCGGUCCAGAAGUGCACCUCUCAUCCAGGAAAUGUGGGAACAAGAAAAGAAACAUCUGAAAAAGUUUGAUGAGAUCCUGGCUGUCAACCGUAUUAGGCCCACAGCACUGUUACCCCUCUGGAAUGUUGCUGGAUUUCUACUGGGGGCAUCCACAGCCCUGCUGGGUAAAGAAGGAGCCAUGGCCUGCACCGUGGCAGUGGAGGAGAGUAUAUCAGAGCACUACAACAGUCAGAUCAGAACAUUGAUGGAACAAGAUCCAGACAAAUAUGUGGAACUGUUGAAAGUAAUAAAGGAAUUCCGAGAUGAUGAGAUGGAGCAUCAUGACACAGGCCUGGAGCAUGAAGCUGAAUCACUUCCUGGAUACUGGCUACUUAAAAAUGCAAUACAACUAGGCUGCAAAUUUGCAAUAUACACUUCACAGCGUAUCUGAAUGUAUAUAAAAACGUUUUUUUGAAAUAUGUUUUGGUUCUUUGAUGUGGUUUGUGUCUUUUUUUUGUUUUGCCAUGCCUUUGCCGGUAAACAGUCAUCGGAUGCCACGUAGCCAUCAGACAUCUUCUGUCUUAAAUGUCACAUCUUGACGAAGUACAGCUUGUAAAUACUUUUGUAUUCAGUGAAAACUGUUUGAAAUACUGGCUCAUUAAAUAAACUACUUGAGUUUC